AUGUCGCCUCCUCGCGCCCCUCCUCCAGCUACGUCUCGUUCCUCGGGAAGUAGUGGCAGACCUGCUGCGCCGCCCCAAUCCAACCGACUCUCUUCUUCCUCUUAUUCUUCUUCCUCUUCUUCUCUGUCACGCUCUUCGUCGUCUUCCGGGCGCUCUGCGUCUCCCUCCGCCAAGGGCGGGGUUGGCCCCGCGCCCUCCUCGUCUGCGCCUCGCAAGCCCUCGCAGGCUGCUGCCUCCACCUCGCAGAACUCCAGCGCCUCAUCUGCAUCUAGUGCUUCCUCUUCUUCUUCCUCGUCUGCUUCCUCUUCUUUUCCUGCCGCUGCUUCGGCGCCCGCGGUUCUGCAUAGAGACUCCCGCGAGGUUGCUGCGGAGGUGACUCCAAUUGCGCCUCGGCUGGCGUUGGCGGCGAUCUCCCCUCCGGCCCUCCCCUCCUCCUUGCCUGCGCUGCUUGCGGCGCCUGGCGCGGUUGCCAAGAGAAACGCCGACGACCGGAGUGACGCGCGAGAGAACGAGAGUCAGGAAGGAGAGGGGACGAGGGGCGCCGGCGUUGGUGGCGGUCAGAAUGCAGUCUCUGCGGCGACGCUGCAGUUUUUUCAAGCGCUGGCAGCCCUCGAGGGUGAUGGAGAACGCCUGGCCUUACCUUCGGCCGCCGCCCACGGUGGCUGUUUCAAAAGGGAGGGCAAAGACGAUGGCGAGGGGGCGGAGGACGCGGAAAUGCUAGAGGCAGGCGACGACGAGGUAAAGGACGCGACGGAGACGUGCGGCGCAUCUUCUCGCUUCUUCUCCUCGUUCCAGGCGGCUCAGACAGUCGCAGAGCUCACUCUGCUGCACGACUUGAUGGAGCCGCCCUUCACCCAUUUUGCUUCGCAUUUGCGGCCGGCGGGGGCUGGAGAUGCGAAGGACGCGAAGAGUGGCGCAGCCCCGCUCGCCGAGCGAGAGAACGGAGUGGCGGCGCCGAGCGACAAAACAGGCGCCUGUGCGCGCGCAAAGAGCGACGGUGAGAGCCGCAGGGAGCGCCCGCCUGCUCUGCUUCAGCAGGUCUGCGGGCGCGCCAUGCUGCAGCGCGCCUUCUUGGGCCUCGCAGCUGUACGUACACUCGACAACGCGCUGGACCGAGUGUGGGAGACCGUGACCGAGUGUAUGUACACCCGACAGAAGGUUCGCCGGCUGGAGCAGGAGGAGGCUGCACACGCCGCGCAGCAGGAGGGAGAAGAUGCGCAAAAGGAAGCUGAGAAGUCCGACGCGGCAGGAAGCAUGAAAGCUUCGCCCUCUGCAUCGGGGAGUCCUCUCGCGGAGACGUCCUCUUCUCCAGACGAGAAAGCGGCUGCGAAGGACGGCGAAGCGUCGCAGCUGGCCGUGGCGCGCGUCAAGACGCCAGCGGCUAUCGAAGCGAGGAUGAAGAAGCUCGAAGACUGGUAUUGGCAGGUUCAGAACUGCCUGUCGCCUUCGCUCACCUCGGACUUACAGGAGGAGGCCCUCGGCGCCGUGGCCUCGCCAUCGCCUCCAUCCUCGUCGGAGGCGGCCUCUGAGUCUUCGCUCACGCUUCUGCGGAGGCAGCUGGUGCAGCUGCAGUGGCGGAGCAUUCCCCUGGACGUGCUGCGCCUGCGAGCCCAGAGCCGCACUCUCUGCUCGCUGCAGCAGGAAGCGGAGGAUCUUUUGCACUCGGUCGCGCACGGCCGAAAUUUUGCGGUCUCCGAGGAGGAGCGGGCUAAGUACCGCCAGCUGCUGGUGCAUCGCAAGACCAACGAAGAGAACGCCUUCCAGACGCCCGCCUUCGACGCCUUCAUGCUGCAUCUCCGCGCGCGGCGCACGGAGGUGCAGGCCCCCGCAGACGGCGAAGACGCACACAGCUCGCUCUACGCCGCGGCCCUGGCGGCGGUCGCCGCCUCGAAGGCCGGCGAGGAGGGCUGCGAACGCGCCCACGAGACUCUCCUCCUCCUGCUCAACUCCGAGCUCCAGGAGAGAAUCAAAGAAAAAGAAAAACUCGAAGAAAUCAAGCGACAGCGCGAACAGGCGGAGCGGCAGGAAGAGGCCCUGUCUGUGAAGGCGUCGCAGUUCCCCAAGAAGCUGCGACAGCUGCAGCAGGUGCUCAAGGAGCUUGACCAGAUGUGUGUCUCCUUUCUGUCGAGUUGUGCGGCGGACAAGAAGGAGGUUGAGUUCCCGGCCGAAGCCAAGCGUCUGCCGGCGCCACUUCUGUCGCUCUUCUCCUCCUUCUUCUUUCACUCGCGGCUCUCGGGAGACUCCGCGAUCGUGCGGCUGAGCGUGGAGGGUUCGUCGUUUCGGAAGCGAAAGCGCGAGCGCGAGGAAGCGGAGGCGAAGGACGACGCGGCGAAGAAACGCAUCAGGGCCGACGGCGCAGACGACAAAGAGAAAGACCUGCGGGAAUCGGAGGCAGAGAAGAUGGGGAAGAAGGAGGAGAGCGAAACAGAGAAGGAGCAGGCUCAAGACGCGAAAGACAGACUGGAGAAACUCCACGAGAAAGAAGUCCGCGUCGAGCUCGCCCCGGAUCCCCACCUCUCUCUCCCGCCGCUUUUUCUGGCUGCGGCGGGCUCGAGCCGCACAGCUUCGGCGAACGGGGGAGGGGCAUCUCUCUCUUCGGGGAAGACGGGGAAGCAUCAGCAGACUGAAGGCGAGGCGAAGCGCCCGCAGCCGGCGGAGCUGUCGAGCUCCUCUGUCUUUCCUCUCGCCCUGGUCUUCCGCUACAACGCGAGCCUCGAGGUCGCCCUGCUGCACUCGCGUCUCCCCUCAAACGCGCUGCCUCACCCGACGAUUCCUUUCCUUCAUCACCUGUUUCCCGGGAACUUUGCGGAUCUCGGCGAAAUGCCCGGCGAUCUCGACCCGAAUCAGGGUUGGCUGUUCAACUGGGUCGCGUCGAUGGCGUGUCUGCCUCCGCCUCCGGGGUGCUGCGCCUCUGCGCACGUGAACAUGAAGGACUUUCUGGCAGCCGUCCGUCGCAGAGUCUACGCACGUCUGUGGUCGCUUCAGCUUCUUCAUCACUACUGCCGGCAGCCGUCAGGCCCGCCGCCAGUGCAGGCGCUGCAUUCGCUUCUUCUUCUGUUGCCGUCGCCGGGCACGACGCUCGCCGACUGCGUGUGCUUCUCCCCGAUUCCGGCGGAGGAGUUUGUGGCGCUUUCCGCGGCUUCGCAUGCGGACGCGGCGCUUUUCUCGCGUUGCGGGGCUGCCGGCGAGCGCGAGGCCGCGGCCGGAGCCUCCGCGGCCCCGAGCACAGGCGGAAGAAAGAAGACCGAAUCCGAGAGCGUGUGGAGGCGGCUCCAUGACGCCUUCUUCGAAGACGAAGACGCGGUGGGGAUCAAGGCGAUCUUCGCGUCGCAGGACCGGCGCGUUUUUGCGCUCAUCAAAGUCUUCCUGAAUGACAACCCCGCCCAGUUCCGCCUCUUCGAGGAAAACGCGCCUCCGCCCCUGCCCCCUUCUGAAGGCCCAGAGAUGCGGAAAGAGCGACAAGCAGAAGACGGAGACGCGGCGGAGGGCGACGACGCUCGCGAGGAGAGACGAGACGAGAGCGAAGAGACCACUCCCGCAGCCUCCCUCGAGGCCCUCGAGGAGAUGGUGAAUGUGACGGUCGUCGACCGGUUCGCCUCGCAUCCGCCAAAGCUAUCUCUCGGCAUUUUGGCGGCUCAAGUCGAAUACCUCAAGUGCGGAGUGGAGCGGUACGUUCGAGGGGAGGCGUUGCCGCGGAGCGCCACGGAGGCGAAGGCGCUCGAGCCGAAGAAGGGCGCGACGCACGACAGGCGGAUGGCGGGCGGGGAGUCCCUGCGAGAGGCUGAAGGAUUCGGCGCGGGCGACGAGGAAGACGUCGAGACUGUCGACUAG